GAAAGUUCAGCUUCUGGACAGGGAUCUUGAGCUGGCUGCAUGAUGAAAAGUUGCCAAUGAUACACAAAAGUUAAGGAAGCCACUGAGAAAAACAAGAAAUCAAAGAAGAGCAACAGAAUUCAGCUUUAUGUGAAGUGCCCCCUUUCAAUAGCCAGUCAGUCCAAAGUCUCUAGAAAAAUCAUCAACAAGGGACAUAUACACUGGAAGACUGGCUGGAAUAUCUCCCAAGAAAAUGUCUCAACACAGAAACCACUGAUUCAAGUUUCUUGUCCAAAACACCUGAAAAAAAUUCAUGAAAAGUAUCACGGUUUCUGCUGCAUUUGUUAGCUUGUUUCCGUUGGAGGGCACAGAUUCAACUUCUGCUUUCAGCCAUGCCAGUGAGAAAGGUAAACAAGUCCUGCCAGAUGGUCCACCAGAAAUACAUGACAUCUUUGGACCGUAACACUUCCUACAGCACCUUCAUGUAAUCCACUGGUACUGGCCAACUAUGAACAGCAUGAGGGAAAUACCAGCCUGCUACAUCCUGACAGAUCCGCAUAUCAAUAGGGAAUGCAUCGAGCAAAAAAAGUUAACAGCAUGUUUUACACUUUCGUUCAGAUUCACGACCAUGUCCAUCCGAGCUGACAAUUCACAACCAUGUCCAUCCGAGCGUCAGCCUGACAAGGAGCUGAAACUGAAGGUGUAUGCAAAUGUUCACUAGACCGCCCGAAGUGUGGUGUUCCGGAAAGCCAUGACAAUAGCGGAGGAUGCAUUGUUGGAGAACAGUGUGCCAGAAGAUGUGGGGCGGCCAAAGAAGAACUUCUUGAAACGGGUUGCCAAUCGUGCGCGCGCAAAGCUUAGACCGGAAGAACCUAAGGAAUUGGGCGUGUCCUUCAUCGACAAGGACGACUUUCUAGUUGCCUAUAUUCAGAUGGAAAGCCAGCAACACUUCGUUUUCGCGACGGAGAACCAAUUGUCUUUGCAGCACGACACCAAACGCUGGUACAUUGAUGGCACAUUUAAGGUAGUUGGCGAGCCAUUUAGAAGCAACGGCCAACUUUUUUCAAUACAUGCGUUCAUCGAGAAGGCAGGUCAGCUGAAGCAGAUGCCCCUGGCGUUUUGUCUGAUGAGUAGACUACGUCAGUGUUCUAGAGUCAAUAAAGGAGAGGAUCGGGACAGCAUCUGUCGAAGGCUUUGUCGCAGAUUAUCUGCAUGGCAAGCAGUGCGAGACGUGUUUCCGGGGGUUGAGGUGAAGGGCUGCGCAUUCCACUCGAGCCAGGCCGUGUGGCGUCAUGUCCAAUCUGUGGGGCUUGCAGAAGCCUACCAAAGGAGAAUUGGAGUUCACAACUUUGUCAGGAUGUUACUGGCCCUCCAGUUUCUACCUGUGGCCCACAUAAGCCCGAGCAGUGGAUGCACUAAGAGCAAAGGCAACAUCAGCUUCGACAGAGCAACUCGUUGACUACGUUACGCGCCAGUGUCUUCAAACAAACAAUCAGGACAAACUAUGACAUGGAAGGUUGGUAUCACCGAAUCAACUGGGUUUCUAUCGACUGGUACCGCUACUAAGAGUAGAGGCGGAAUUAGUCAAGUUAGCAGUUGAUGGCAGUGAUUUGGAUCGUGGAUCCUCCAAGAGAUCGACACAGAUGGAUAAGUCUAUCAACAAAUGCUGGGAACAGCAUUUGGAAGGAACACUAAAAACGUCACAGUUCCUCCAAACUGUUGGAGGGAUUUAUGGUGUAAGGAUGUGAUGUGAUAAUAUAUACAACACUACUGUCGUCUAAUAUACAUAUUCACACACGAAUAUGAGUAUAAUAAUAACAGAUCAAAAAUUGGGCCAAAAUGGACCAGGCCGAAAUGGUUACUGGGCCGAUUUGGACCAGGCCGAAAAGGUAAUUGGGCGGAGUUGACCUGGAUUCGCCAGAGCAAUGUCAUCAAACUUUAAACACCUUUCUAUAACUACAUGGUGAUCCGCACAUUAUCUUAAUACACACUUUAUUACAGGAAUGUGUUUAUCAUUAAAGUCAAACAUCAAGGAAAGAUUUGGAGUUAGUUGAAUGAAUAGUCUCCUUUGUGCCUGGUGUGAACUGUUUGUAUUGUAUUGUAUCUAGUGUAAUGAUGAAUGUUUGAGAAAUGUAUAAAUAUUUGCAUAUACCCUUUGUAUGAAGUUUUGUAAUUGAGGGCUAUUGCAUUCUAACUUAUAACUCCUGGGGGAAGAUGGUUUUAGAUUAUCUCCCCAAAAUGUGCAAAUGUAAAGAUUAUGAUAUUACUAAUUAGUCCAAACCGUUGUGCCAAUUGUUUGAUGCUUUUGUUUUGUCUGUUUUAAAUUAUGCUUGUGAAAUUUGGGGAAAUUCAAAAUCAAAAGAAAUAGAGAGAAUACACCUAAAAUUUUGCAAAAGACUGCUUAAGGUUAGGUCAAAUACAUGUAAUGCCUGUAUAUAUGGUGUACUAGAAAGAUGUCCGCUUUAUAUACAUAGAUAUAUGAGAAUAAUGAAAUAUUGGUUUAAAGUAGUUAAAACUGAUAAAAUUAUUUUAAAAACUGUAUAUGAGCACGCUUUGUCAGAUUGUAAUAGUGGUAAAAGAAAUUGGGUAUCAAAUGUUAAGAAUUUGUUAGACGCUCAUGGUUUUUCUUAUAUAUUUGACAAUGUUGCCAAUAUACAUUGUAAAGUUGUUUUGUAUGAAUUUAAACGUAGACUGUUAGAUAUUUUUCAGCAAAAUUGGCUCGGAACAAUAGUACAGUUUUAACUAUAUAUAAAGAGAUUAAAUCUUCAUUAGAAUACGAAAAAUACCUCAAUAUUUUACCAACAAAUUUACGCUUGUAUUUCUCCAGACUAAGGCUAUCUGUAUUUCCCCUGAGAAUUCAGACUGGUAGAUAUGCGAGAAACCGAAUAACUAGAGAGGAACGUUAUUGUUAAACUUGCAAUAAUGAUAUUGAAGAUGGAUUUCAUUUUAUAUGCAUAUGUCCAUGUUAUUCCGAUGUUAGAAAGAAAUACCUAAAACGUUGUUACUGCAUGCACCCUUCUGUAUACAAUUUCUACGAUUAUUGAAAUCAAAUUGUAGAAAUGAAUUAAUUAAACUAGCUUUGUAUAUUAAAGAAGCUCUUGUUAUUCGAAAUAAUUUGUUGAAUGUUGAAAGAUAAAUGUUUAGUUCAGUCUCCUAUUUUAUAUAGUAUGUUGUGUUAUAUAAAUGAACGUAUUUACCAUUACAUGUUGUAUAUACACGUUGACAUGUUUUAUGAAAAUAUAUGUUUGUGUAUGUAGAUGAUGUACAUUGUAAAAGUCUUACUAAAAUGUCUGUCUGCCCAAAUAGAAGCAAAUUUAUACUAUAGGGGUCCAAAUUAGUGGAAAAAACACUGCCAUAUACAUGUACUUUUAAAAGAAUGGCAGUUGCCUUGUGCCUAAUGUGUUUAUUGAACAAGCAAAAGAAACAUUUCUGAAAAUUAAAAGAAUGCAGAGACUCUUAACACAGUAAACUAUUUGUUGCAAUGUUUUGUUUUGAUAAUGUGAGUUCUAAUAACUAUGAAUAACUAUAGAAUUGAACAGUUAAGUUUAAAGAUAUAUACAUCCAAAGAACAACUGAAAUAGUUAUAAAUUGCCCAUUUCUGUAAAGCGCAUGCAUUGUCCUAGAUGUAAUGUAAUUAAAGACCGGUCGACCAUAAAAAGUCCAAGGAGAUAUAUGGCCAGAUAAUUUAAAUGUAACUUGACGUUCUGUUUCAGGUCGACCAUAAAAAGUCCAAGGAGAUAUAUGGCCAGAUAAUUUAAAUGUAACUUGACGUUCUGUUUCAUAUAAAUCAUAUACACUUGUUUGCAGUUUAAACUUAUAUGGCAUUGUUUGGACUCUGGAAUUUUGCGUUUUAUAAAAUGCAUUUAUUUUAAUGUUUUGGUAUGUGUGUAUGUUCGUAGA